AAAGGAAGCGGUGCCAGACUGUGAGACAAAACUGAUUGUCUGUCUUGUUUCGAUGAACACAACGAGAAUGCGGUCUACACUUCAUACCCUUCUCACAGUCUCUCUGUUGGCAUGUAAGUCCUGCCUGUCUUAAUCUCUGUAAACCAGGAACCUCAGUCAGUGUGUGAUGGCGUCAUGGAGACAGUGGUUGGUGUUGCAGGUAGGACGGUAUCUCUGACCUGCAGGUAUGACACCGCUACCCUGGGUCUGACAGAGGUGUGCUGGGGGAGAGGAGCACAGCCGUCUCUCUUCGGCUGUGAGAACACAGUCAUUGCUACUAAUGGAGUAGAGGUAACCUACAGGAGGUCCUACAGACACAGGUUACCAGGGAAGCUUCAGAGUGGAGAUGUUUCUCUCAUUAUCUACAACGCCGGAGAGGGAGACUCUGGGUUCUACCACUGCCGUGUGGCGCUAUCUGGACUGUUCAACGACCUGACGCACACCGUUCAUUUAAUUGUUCGACAAGCACCAACUGUCAUCCCAACUGUCGCACCAACUGUCAUCCCAACAGUACCAGCCCAACUCCUGCCCAUCACAGACACAUCUGGGUCCUCUGUUAUACCAGAAAAUAACAGACAAUCACCUCUCAUCCCAACUGUCAUCCCAACUAUUGUCCCAACUGCGACAGAAGAACAACCACUGCCCAUCACAGAAACAUCUGGGUCCCCUUUCACACCAGAGAAGAGCAGAGAAGGUGAGCAAGGUCCCGAUAUCCUUUAUGACUGCACUACAGGCCCAAUAAUAGGUCUUGUCAAGGGAAUUAAGCAGAAAAUGGCAUCUCCAUCUCUGGAUAGCUACAUAGGACACACUGUCCGAGUGGGAGCAAUCGCCUUCAUCCCUGGUCUGAUCCUAGCAGUUCUUCUUCGUCUGAGACGGUCCAGAAAUAGCCGAGUCAGAGGAGAACCUGCCAGUUCCCCCAGUGUCAGCAGCAGGAACCCUAGAGCGGAAAUACCCCUCAGUCACCAUGAUACAGAUGCCUGGAUCUAUGAUGCUCCUACAGAAGUGUAGACUCAUCAAAAUACACUAUAUUGUGUACUAUUUCACUCAAUAAUUCAUUAAGUAUUGAGAGAACUAAAACAAUUUAGCGUAUGCACACUCAGGUCUUCAGUUUUUCAACACGUUGUGACAUUGCCAAUGUAGGACCACUCAUAAGAGGUUACUAACACUGAGUUGCACCCCCACCCCCACCCCACCUACUAUUAUACCCUGUUUAAAGGCACUUACAUUUUUUGUCUUGCCCAUUCACCCUCUGAAUGACACACAUACAUAAUCCAUGUUUCAAGGCUUAAAAAUUAUCUUUCAACCUGUCUCCUCCCCUGCAUAUACACUGAUUGAAGUGGACAAGUGACAUCAAUUAGGGAUUAUUGCUUUCAGCUCAAUUCACCUGGUCAGUCUAUGUUAUGGAAAGAGCAGGAAUUGUUUAUGUUUUGUACACUCUAGCUAUGUUAUCGAGCCAUGUUUUUCUUGUGAUGAGGUGUAAUGAAAAGAUAAAUAAAUACCAUUUAA